AUGAAUGGUCAGCUCGUGUUUCCAUGGGAGUGCCGCGACAAGGAGGACCAGGCGUGGGUUGCCUACAACUAUCCCCUUCGUCGGACUAACCAGCUGCUUACUGAGGAGAACCUGAGGCUCAAGCGCAUCCUUCGCGAGAAUGGUAUCUCUUGGUCACCAUUGGCUCAAUCACAUCUUGCUCAGAAUGACCCCACGAGACGCAAGACUCGAUCAUCUGCUGCCGGCUCCAGUGAUUUGGCCACCCUAUUUUUACCCACUGAAGUUCUCUUGCGAGUUCUCAAAUUCGCCAUGAAGAGCGAUCACCCAAUCAUCGACCCGUUGAGUGCUAUCACGGCUGAGCAUCUGACUGAAGAAGAGAAGAAUAGAGGUAAUCAGAUCGCCAUUCACUUUCUAGCGACAAAUAGAGCGAUGAAUGCCGAGGGCACUCGAUUCCUUUGGGAAUCUAACCACUUCGUCUUUACCACCCCUCAAGCUCUGCGAAACUUUAGCGAGCUUAGCUUUCACUAUCGACACAAGCUCUUGCAUGUCAACCUCCGUGUCGUUGCCCGCUACUAUGACGACCAGCGCCGCAAGCAUAAGCUUGAACGCUACUAUCAUACCGAUCUGAAGAAAGAUCAUCCCCUCAAAGUGCAUAUGCGGCCAAAGGAAUCGCCCCUCGUUCGUGGUGGCUUCCGCUGCUACACCUGGAAUCAACUCAUCGAUUUCUUUCUGGCCUUGCGUGCCCCAUUUGACCCCGCCUAUAAAGACAAGAAAAGCCCCAGACCAAGACUGCUCCCAUCACUGUCAUCUCUGCGAAUCGACUUGGUGAACUUCUCAGACUCGCUGCUGCCAUUCUCGGGAUCUGAACUUCAUGAAGUAGCGUCUCACGAGCUAGGUUGCACUUUGAAUGAACUCCAAGUAACUGGAAUGCCGUUUGAUGACGUCGGGAUGAAAGCUUCUGCGGAACUUAGUGGUCUGGUGAAGGAUGAUGGCCUCUAUCUUGAUGCGGCAGCAUCUUUUAUCGCAAACUCCAAAGGUCUGCAGAGUCUUAGGGGAGAUAAUUGGUGUGCUCGAGUGAUUAGAGCAUACAAGGACCUCAAAGACGAAAUGGAGGAAGAGGGCCUUGGAUUGGCUGGUGAAGAAGGAGAAGACGGCGAAAUUGGCGAACACUUUCACCUGCAUUCUUUUGAGGGCUACCACAAGGUAGGUACCCUGCCCGCCGCCCCCGCUGAGUAUGGCCAUCCGGCGUCAACCCGUGACGAGAAAAGAGUCAUCUGGAAGAAAGUACCCAUCGCCCGUGACGCGGACAAACGCACAUGGGUCCAAUUCUCCCGAAUUAACGGAUACGAGAUUGAGGACUCGGCCUGGGAUAGCGACGACGAUAGAAUUUGUCCUUGCUGCGGAGAUUCGCACCUCAGCUCGCCAAUGCUCGAAUUUAUGAGCGAUUACGAGUGA